AUGAAGGUUUACAAAAAGGAUGAGGAGCAAUCAUCAACUAACGUAAGGGAACCAGUAAUAGCACCGCAAAUUAUUGUUAAUCCCCCAACAGAAGUGGGCGACAAUAGACCUGCUCCCACAACCGAUCGCACCUUUCCCUUAUCAUACCGCCCCACAAAUAUCUGCACAAGUGGACGUGCAAAACGUUCUACAUGUCAUGGAGAUUCGGGUGGUCCCUUAGUCUUACGACGCAAACACUCAAGAAAGCGUGUGCUUAUAGGCAUUACUUCUUUUGGCAGCAUAUUUGGCUGUAAUAAAGGAUUUCCUGCUGCAUUCACGAAGGUGACAUCAUAUCUCGAUUGGAUUAGUGAUGUGGCUGGAGUGGAACCUUAUGAAGAUAUAUCGCGUCCGCCAUUGUGGUACAAUAAAUAUAUUGAAAAUUACCCACUUAAAAAUUAUAAACCAACAAAGUUUUUAAAAGAUGAUUGUGAGAAAUGCCUUGAUAUACCCAAAACCGAAUCCAUUUACAAACCAAAACCAAAAUUUAAAGAUGAUGAAUCAUUUCAUAAAGAU